GGAAGUGAGCGGGGCGCCGCGCCUGCGCACUGCGGCACGGAGCGCUCGGGGGCGGGGCCACGGGAAGGGGGCGGGGCCGGGCUGACGGUGUUAUCGUGCCAGGGGGCGUGGUCAUACGAGGGGGCGUGGUCGCGGGAGAGGGGCGUGGCCACGUCGGGGGCGUGGUCGCGGCGGCGCACGUGGAGUCCAAUGGCGCAGCGGCAGCCCGUAGUUUGCAUCCGUUCGGAGCCCGCCCCAUUGCUCCCCAGCCCACUGUCCCACUCCCCCCCUCCAUCACGCCUGGCCCCCCUCUUGCCUCUGUUUCCCCACUCUACCCCACAGCAUCAUCCCCUCUCUUUUAUGCCACGUGGCAUCCCGCUCGUGCGCCCCAUCUCAUCCCUGCCCCAUAGUCCGGGCCGAUAAAUAGCAUAUGGCCUACUGUAAGAGCAGCGUGGGUGUGGGCUUGUGCUGGGGAGCUCCUGGGCUGCCCUAUAUGUGGGGAUGGGUGGGAGGGGCUCCUCCCUGGUGGUGAGACCCCUGGUCUAUUUUCCCGGGGGGGGACAGGAAGCUGCUUCCAAGCAGGGAGGAAGCGGCUCUGCCAUCUCUUAUGGGGACAGUUGCUCAUCUCCCCACCGGGAUCCCUACUCCCCGUGUGCUGGUUCUAUAGGGUGGCUCCUGUGGGGUCACAGCACCAAGGCUGGGUGUCUCUGGGCAGAUGGAACCUCCUGGGGUGGCCGUGUUGGGAACAGUGCCACGGUGUCCCCAUGGGGGCAUCCCCAUGCCAGGCACCGUCUUCCUGCCCACAUCUGCUGAGCUGGGGCGAUGUGACCAUGGGGACACGGGGGCUGGGGAGGGGACAGGUGCUGCUGCUCACUGUCAUGCUGUCCCUGCUGCAGCCAGGAGAUGCGUGGGGGGCUGGAUGUGGGGAUGUGGGGACGUGGGGACGUGAGAAUGGUUACCAACAGGUGUCUGGGAUGGAGGCACAGGUGGUAGCCUUGGGGUGCUGGAGUUGGCUUGGUAUGAGUGUGGGGAGGUGGGCAGCCCGUGUGUGAGGGCGCAGUGGGUGGCUCGUUUCCUGCCAUGGUAAUCACUACUAAUUGGCUUUGCCCUCCCCAGGGAAGGGGGGGGGGGGCAGGUAAGAGGAUUUCCUGGCCUCCUUCUUAAGGGCUGGCUGACCCCCGGCCCUGCUCCUGCUACCACCACCAACCCCCGGCCCCAUGCCACGCUCGCGGGGGGACAAGGGGGCCCCCAAGAACACCGAAGCCUCUGGCAAAGGGAAGCGGGGGGAGGUGGGCGAGAGCGCCCCCAAAGCCCCUGAGGCGGGUGGCCCCCCAGGCAGCCCCGACGCUGAAUCCCGGCACGGAGGCCACGGGAGGAAGAACAGCAAGAAAGGGGCCGGGGACCCUCAUGCUGCCAGCACCAAGGCGUACUCACCAUUCCUCAACACGGUGUUUGGCAAGGAGCGGGAGCUGUCACCGGAGGAGCUGGACGAGCUGCUGGAUGCCUUCAAGGAGUUUGACACCGACCAGGAUGGCUUCAUCAGCUACAAGGACUUGGGUGCCUGCAUGCGCACGCUGGGAUAUAUGCCCACCGAGAUGGAGCUCAUCGAGAUCUCCCAGCACAUCAAGAUGAGGAUGGGUGGCCGCGUGGACUUCGAGGACUUUGUGCAGAUGAUGGGGCCGAAGCUGCGGGAGGAGACGGCUCACAUGGUGGGUGUGAGGGAGCUGAAGAUCGCCUUCCGUGAGUUCGAUGUGAACGGGGACGGGGAGAUCAGCAGCGCAGAGAUGCGGCAGGCCAUCGCGGCACUGCUGGGCGAGCAGCUGAAGGCGCAGGAGGUUGAUGAGAUCCUGCAGGACGUGGACCUCAACGGGGACGGCCGCGUGGACUUUGAUGAGUUCGUCAUGAUGCUGUCCUCCCGGUAACGAAGCUGUGGGGCAGGAGGGGGCCCAGGGCUGCCUCGUCUCCCCAGCACUGCCCCAGCCAGCAGUAGGGUUCAGAGUUAACGGCGGGAGACACAGCGGGGCAGGGGGGGCCCCCAAUAAAGCUGCUUGCUCGGA